AAUAGACAAUUUAGACAAUUUCAGAAAAUGAAGAAAAUGGCGGUUUAGAAAAAAGUAAACGCCAAAAUGAGGGAACUCGUGGGCCCUGGACUAGAAUAUAUUGAAAAGUAUAGAUGCUGGGCCCUGUCAAAUCCCAACCUGGUCAAAGAUAUUGAGACUUUUUUACGAGGCCUCAGCUACAUUCUUACUGGAUAUAUAAAGGAAAGUGUGUUAUUGUCUGAGUUUGUAUUUUCUGCAGCGCAGCUGGUCAGCUUGAUUAACAACAGGAUAAUUCACAAAGACGUUGUUAUUACUGCAGAGGGGUUCAGUCAAGUAGAGGAGGUCUUGCGGGUUUUGCACUGUGUGGAAGUUUUUCUUGAGAUAGCUGCACUUCGGCUCGGUGGUCCUGCCGCUAGAUGGGCCCUCAUAUUCUCUUUACAGGUUGUGAAGACCGCAUUAAGACUAGUUCUGUUGUACAGAAGAAGAAAGAUGUUGGUUUCACUAAAUCCAGAAUAUGUACCAUCAGUACAGGUUGAUCAGAAGGAGAAUUAUUUUGUGUUGAAGUCAGGACGAAUUAUUAGAAGUAUCGGAAAGGGAAGGGAAAUGGCGCUGCCACUGCUCUAUCAACAACUGAUAUAUAUAUAUUUAGCUCCUGGAAGAUAUAGAAGAAGCUGGAGACCUCCCUGUCCUACUAAACCUACUCUAACCAAACAUCAGUUAGCAGCAGAACUUAUUCAUGUGGCUCAACCUGUAACACAUCUUCUGGCUUUCGGGUUAUUUGGGUCAAAAUCAUGGACUCCUUUCCUUCUUUCCCUUUCCAUGGACUGUGCAAGCCAAGGCAUAUAUCGUGAAAGUGACCUAAACGCCGAACAAGAAAAAGAGUUGUUGCGCCGGGCCUUUAACUUGUUCAGUUAUAUACUCAGAUCUCCGUUCUACGAUCAACAAUCAAAAAGAAUCCUGCUAGUUUUCCUCUCCACUCUAGAGAAACAUCUUCCCAUUGGAGGAUCCUUAGUAUCCAGUAUUAUAUCAUACAUACCUACAUACCAGCAGUAAACCUUUUAUUUCGUCCUAAUCUAACUGUUGCCUUUAUACAAUAUACAAUCUGUGAUUACUGAUUGAUUUUUUUAAAAGUUUGUACUUAGAAUUCAAGAUAGAUGUUCAAAGAAACUAAAAGAUUGCAUUAUUGCGUUAUUGAUUGGGUUGUUUAUAAAUUUACAUUAUUUACAGAAA